AUGCCGAAAGAUGCUGGGUUGCUUGAAAACUGUUGCGAGGAUCUCACUUUCGUGUUCCUCUACUACCGUGUCCAGGGUGCCAAUAACGUGAAGAAAGGGCGUGGAGAGACUCUGGGAGUACAUACUGUUGUAGUACUCAUCGUGCCACGGUACCCAGAGAUGCAGAUUGCAAACUUCAGAGAACGCUGGCCGGAAAGGUUGUCAAGGAAUGAAUUGACUGGUAAUCCCUGA